AAUUCGUAUAGUGCGCCUUCUUUGGUUUACAUGCGGCGUAUAAGUAUUGAAGCUAACCUCUGGUCUUCUUGUUAAAUUGGUCAUUUCAUCAUCGGUAACCUCAAUUUUUACGACAUUGACUGGCAGCAGCAACUUCAGGUCUAAUUGUUUAAAUAUGGAUACGUCAAUGGAAGAUUUGUUUUCCGAUUUUGAUAAAUCUACUGUUGUAGUUGAGACAGGUAAAUGGAUUACAGUGAGUAUGCCAGCGAGUCAUUGUUAGGUUUAAACUGUUCUAGUUUUUAAAAGAUGUUUUUUACUCACUUCAAUAACAUCAAUUGAUGAAGCAAAAUGUGGACACUGGUUUUAGGACGUUUCAUACCAUAAAAGUGUUUACCUAGCCAAAUACAUGCGUAGCUUUCUGGUCAAUAGUAAUGACGUGAAUUUUUAACUCAUUACAUAUUUUAUGUGAUCAAAUAUAGUAUCAAACUAUCCAAAGAUCACUUUUCAUAAUCAAUCUCUCUUUAGAUGCUAUAUACCCCUUCGUGUAUAUUGGGACAACCAGUGGUCGCGACCAUUCAGAUGGGAUUACAUCCAGUUCGCAGAUUUUAGCUAAAAUAUUAGUCGACAUGGUUGCUAAAACUGGACCGCCAUAUUUAAUGACCUCUGGAGCCAAUCCGUCUAGACCAGUUGCUCUUCCUCGUUUCAGAUUAGUUAUAGCUUUUUGAACUUCAAUUAGAGUCCAGGGGUCUACUUCAAUAAUCCAUUCACGCUAUUUGGGAAUGGUGGGUGUUCGUAGAGUAGCUGGAGGCCAGUUUAAUUGCUCCUUAAAGUUUUCCACCCAUCAUCCUAAACGUUCGGGCUGAGAGCAGAUAAGAGUGUCAUCUUUUCCCGAGAUCGCCUCACUUACACUUGACUUCUUAAUUCCAGUUUCUUUUUAAUUACCCUCCGGAAAAUUCCCAUUAUAUUAAAAACAAUUGUCUUUUUAAUUAGUCUGAAAAACUGUCUGGUGUUACCUACAGCCGCUGCCUUUCUAUCUCUUCUACUUUUGUUACCCACCACUACUCACGAUCGUUCCAUAGAUCUGAUGUACAUAUAAAUAAACAUACAGUACCAAACUUGAACUGUAAACCCACUUAAUGAAGGUUAAGUGUUGAAAUCUUGAUGCAGCUUUGUUUGUCAAUAGCUUUUAAAUAUUUUUAUAACAUGCGAAUAUAUUUUAAAACUCUACAAAAAUAGUAUUUGCAAUUUGUACACAGUAAUCAAUACGAAUCGUUACAUGCCUGAUUGUUCAGUCACAACAGCCACCUCUUGAAAAACAUUUUUAAAUUGUAGUACAAGAUUUUCGUUUUUUUCAGUUAUUAUUAUUUCUUAGUCUAACUAACUGUCUAAUUUUAUUAACUAUCCCUGUACGGGACAAAAUGUACGUUAGUUGUUGGACGCCCAGUUAGUACUGUAUUUUUUCAUACAAAACUCAUGGUACCACCAAUGCGGAUGAGACAUCCAGGAUGUGGACAGUCCACUCGAUCAUAUCACUCCCUAUAGCCAUUUCUUUAGUUACACAAUAUCUUUUAUUAUUUAUUGACUGUUAACUAGUUAAAUCAUUCACUAGAUAGUUGAGUAUGAACCACACUUUAAGUUCAGAGACUACUGUUACCAUUCGAUUUCCCGAACCGAAUCCCUUUACCGCUAACCCACUUUUCUACUUUUUUAUUGAUUCGUUUACGGUAAUUUGUUUCUUAGUGAGCUACUACAUCAAGAAUUCUUUUAACGUUAUGAAUAAGUAAACAAGUAAGCGAAUAAUCCUCCUAACCUUGCCGUUUUUCAUGGUUUUUUAUGGAAUGAUACAAUAAUGUUCUUAGUAUUAAUUCUUAGCAGAUGCAAAGAAAAAUAAUACAGAAAAGCAUGACUUAAUGGUACUUGCUACUGAGACAAUAGGCAACGAAACUAUACGUAUUGAAGGUGUUCACCAAGCUUCUACUCAAAGUCUAUGCUUAACCAUUGAAUUACAUGAAAACUCUUUGUUGUCUAGUUGCAUUAAUUUGGAAAUUCCAUACCAGUAUCCCUCAUCGAGCACAAAUUUGUCAGAGACGAAGAAUAUACCAGUUCAUAUCUGUACUCUUUGCGAUAAAAAUCACUUUAUGAAUAUAAUUACUUAUCCACAACAUCAAACUUCGACAGUAUUUGCUGAUUUAUCCUUCACAUCGUCAUCAUCCUCAUCAAUAUUCACCUGUUCUAAACGUUUUAUUAAUAUUCUUUGUGAUAUUGAAAAUGAAGAUAUUAGAUGCGAUCCUGAUCUGGUUCGAUUAUGUAGCCUUCCAAAUGGACUAGUCUAUGCUAUUUGGUAUACAACUAUGAAUAAAAAACUUCAUUGUUCAGUUGCAUUUCCAUUGUCAUGUUGUAAGCCAAUCGUGACUUGGGCUUUUAUUCGUAAUCCUGCAGCUAAUUCUACACUGUCUCGUAUAAUUGACAAUACAUUAGCAGAUAAUCGUUGUACUCAAAUCGAAAACAAUACUGUGAAUGAUCUGCUUAUUGGUUUAACAAAAGAUGGUGAAGGUGUAGGUGUUUGGUUCGAUUCAUCAGAUGUUUGUAACAAAAAAGUUUUAAACAUCACUGAAUUCAAUUUACCCCAAUCACCUGAUCCAAUUACAAAAUGUCGUGCACAAGGUUCAUGGCUCCAUGUGAUCACUCAAAGUGGACAUUUAACGUCAGUACAUUUCAGUUUACAAUUAAGACAAUGUAAUGACAAUAAUAAUAGUGAAUCAACGAAAUGGAAUUUGUUAUGUCAACCAACUAAUUUUCCUCGAUUACCUAUUCAUUUAUCACCUGUGAAUAAUAUUGAGCAAUGGAUAAAAUCGUGCCCAAGAUGGCGUAAUCUUAAUGUUUGCGACUUUACUCGUUUGGCUGAUGGUCAUUUGGGUAGUGUUGAUUCACAAGGUUGCAAGACACGUCUAGUUGAUCUAUUAUCAUCUAAAUCUGAAAUUGAUGCUCCUGUUAAUUAUACAGAACAACAAUUGAAUCAAACAUUCAUGAAAUUAAUCAAAACAAAAUAUCAAAUGAAAAGUUAUUUAGCAUGUUUACUUUUACUAAACCGUUUGAGUAAUUUUAAAGUGAAUACAGACAAAAAUGAUUGGUCUCAGUUCCCUUUAGAUUGUAAAGUCUAUUUGACAUCAUGUCGUGCAGAUCAUGAGUCAGGAAACCAAUCACCUUUGGAAUUGAUUGUUGAUAUCACAGUCCAGAAUACAACAACUGAUGACAAUCUAGGAGAGAAUAUUAAUGAAUUAUUAUUUCAUUCCGAUUUAAACAAAAUUAGUCUAAAUAAUCUGGCACAAAUUAUUUUAUUCAAAUCGUACAUGAAUAAUACAAAGAAUUAUAUCAUAUCUGAUUAUCUUGAGAAAUAUUUAUACAUUGUUAUCAAAAUGGAAGCUGUUAGAACAGACUGUGAAUCGUCAUCGUUAUCAUCAUCAUCAUCAUCGAAUAUGAAGGAUUUAAUCACAGAUGCCGAUAAGAACGUGGUCAACAAUCAUCAUUCACUCGUUUACACGUAUAGAGAAUUGUGGUUUUCAUCACCGAUAAGUAUCAAUAGUGAUAAUUCCAAAUUACGACGUUGUAUCAUUCCAUCAACAAAUUGGUUACAAAUAUUUCAUAUAACUGAAUUGAAUAAUUCUUCACUUUUUCAACAAAAUCUAUUGCCUACUACUACUAAUACUAAUAGAAUAUUCUCAGUUGACGGUAGUACACUUCAAGUGAAUAUUCAAUUAGAAUUUCAACCACCAAUAAUACCACAAUAUUUAGAUUGUUUCAAUGAAAAAUCAUUUGAAACUAUAAAAAUAUGUAAUCAUUCACCAAUUUUUGUAAACAUUGGUCAUAGUCACCUUGAUUGUAUACAUUUUCUAUAUCAAAUAAAAACGAAUUCAUUAUUGAAUAAUGUUGUAAAUGAUAAACCAAUGAAGUUGAUUCAUACAAUGCAUAUUAAUAUUAAUGAUUCAGUAUUUCAAUCCAUCAUAUCAGAUAUUUUCAAAAAUUCCAUAUCAUGUUCAAGUAAUCAUCAUGAGAAUUUCCUUAAAUUAAUGGUAAAAAAUAAUAAUAAUAGCAAUAAUGGUCAAUUAUUUUAUUGUUGUUUAACAAAUCAAUCUGUCAAAUGUGAAUGGUCUUUAAAUUUAGAUCCAUUUAAUUUUAAACAAGAGAACAAGAAAGAAGUGGAGAUAAAUAAUAUAGACAACAACAAUUACAGUUCCAAUACCUGGUGUUUUACAAUAUCAUCUGUUUGUUUACAAACAUUAUGGUUUAUGUAUAGAGCUAUUGAGUUGCGUCAGAAAAUAUCACUACAGAAGAAUAAUUCGAUAGAAACUUUCAAACGUCCUACUGUUGAACAACUUAGACUAGAAUGUUCUAUCUUAAAGAAAUUACUAACUUCCCUACACGAUAUUCGAGAAAGAAUUGGUAAUAAGGAUAAUAAUAACAUCAAUGAUAACUACUUAACAGAGAAUUUAUUAUCGGAACCAAAGUGUAUGCUGAAUUUUCUUUUAGACUCUUAUUGUGUCAUUCGAAAAACAGCAAUGUCAUCAUGUUUAUUUUAUCAAUGAUGAUGACGAUGUAUAUUAUGUUGUAUAUAUUUAUCUAAUCAAAAUAAAUACCUAUCAUUUGU